AAAACUCCUUCAGCCAGCACUCUUUAAAAAGAAAAGUUAAACAUUAACGCUGCUAAAAGCCUCCUGGCAGCUCCGACUUCCAUCCGAGGUUUUAAAAGCUGCCGGUUGAAGACCGAGGAGACGCUGUAUCAGUUUUCCCUCAGGACUUCCACGGCUAUUGGCCUCAGCUGCAUGAAUCUUAAAAGCAAAUCUUCAAUAUGUGAUUAGGAGGAUGAUGUCAUACCUCAGGUUACGUAAUGGCACCCUGCUCAUCUUCAUACGGCUCAGAGGUAUUCAGGCGUGAAUAACGGGAUGUGGGGCCGCUAUUAAAUGUGCUUCACUGAACAAUCAGGCGGAUGAAAGAUGGCUGCCUCCGUGUUGACGUUGUGAGCUUCUUGUUGUGGGUGCAAAACACGAGUGAUUUCAGGUAAUAUGGAUGCCAAAGAAAUAGUCCACUUUGCCCUGCAGGUGGAGAAAUCCAGUGCAGACAGAAGCUAUGGGACCGUCUCGACCGUCCUCGCUGACCUCGAUAAGAUGCUGAUCACAGCAGAGCAGCUGGAGACGACAGACAUUGUGAAAGUUCUCUACAGGCUCCUGAAAAGCUGCCCUGAUGGGGACAUUAAGAAGACAGUGAGGGGCUUGUUGGCUAAGUGGAAGAGACAAUAUGGAAGAGGUGUGAAAUGUACAGAUGAGUGGAAGGCUUCUGCACGGGAUUCUUCUGCUGACAAAAUAGUGGAUAGAGAAGUAUCCGAGCAAGGGGAACGAUCUGAAGAGGGAAGAGAUGGUGGCCUUUGUGUUGCAUCAGAAUGCACCUCUGCGUCUCCCUCCAUAUCCUCUUUGAGGUCGAAAUGUGUCCAGCUCCUCCUUGACGCCCUCUCCAAAGAACUUCCAAAUCAAGAAAAGGCCGCCAUGGCCGAAAACAUCGAAAGGCAAAUCCACGAGCUUCACAAAUCCGCCGAAGUCAAAUACAAAGCCUGCGUCAGAAGCAAGGUCGCUAAUCUGAGGAAUCCCAAAAACGUCCAUUUGCAGCAGGAGCUGUCGAGCGGCGCGCUCUCGCCCGAGGCCUUCGCCCGGAUGUCCGCGGAGGAAAUGGCGAGCCCGGAGCUCCGGCAGCUCAGGCGGGCGUACUCAUCGCGCGGUGUCAGCGAGAGGCAGCUUCCUCGGGGGGUGGAAGGGACAAAGACACAGAAGGUCAGGUGUAGAAAAUGCGGGGGGGCGGAGUGCACGGUGACGCAGGUGUCCAGGGGGGCCCUCUUUCUGCCCGCGUGGGUCCGGCGGGGCGGCCCUGACGACGACGCCAUGACUUUUGUGACCUGCGGUGACUGUGGACAGCAGUGGUACCACAGCGGCUGGGUCUGCCUCUAAAGCCAGAACAAUCAACCGGACACAAUCAAAACUGGUGAAAAGUGUGCAAAUGCCCAUAUAAGGCUCUUGUAUUGCUUUAAAUAUUUGUUCAUAUUUUAUGCUGAAUAGUUUUCUGUCUUUAUUCUGUGUUAUUGUGUGGA